UUAGUUUGUUGUGGGGGCAGUGAUGAAGACGAGUGAAGGAAGGCGCGCGAAUUUUCCGGUUUGAAGCGCCGAGUUUCAAGCAUAAGAAUUUUAUAAGUACAUGAAUCAAAUUGAGUAACAGUUAAAGGUAAUUCGUGAUUAGCCAAAACAUGGAACCCGGAGUAAUUCGCAAACUAGAUGAGGUUGUCGUGAACCGAAUUGCCGCUGGCGAAAUUAUCCAACGGCCGGCCAAUGCAUUGAAGGAGAUGAUGGAAAACAGUUUGGAUGCCAAGUCGACCAGCAUUCAGGUUGUUGUGAAAGCUGGUGGACUGAAGUCGUUGCAGAUCCAAGACAAUGGAACCGGGAUUCGCCGGGAUGAUUUGCUUAUCGUUUGUGAGCGGUUCACCACAUCUAAGCUGCAGAAGUUUGAAGAUUUGUCAUCGAUUGAAACCUAUGGAUUUAGAGGAGAAGCACUGGCAAGCAUCAGUCAUGUGGCAAAUUUAACGAUUACUACAAAAACUAAAGACGAGAAGUGUGCCUUCAAGGCAACUUAUGAGGAUGGCAAGUUGAAAGGGGACAUCAAGCCCUGUGCUGGAAACCAGGGAACACAAAUAACGGUGGAAGAUUUGUUCUACAAUGUUCCUAUGCGAAAACAAGCUUUAAAGGCUCCCAACGAGGAAUUUCAGAAGAUAUCAGAUGUGGUCAGUAAAUACGCAGUACAUAAUCCUCAAACCGGGUUUAUGUUGAAAAAAUUUGGAGAAAAUGCUACCAUCCGCACGCAAGCCAAAUCGUCAGUGGAAAACAACAUCGCAUUGAUCUACGGUUCGUCCAUUAGUAAAUCUCUACUGAAGGUCACGCUGGAUGACGAUAUUCUUCAACUUCAAGUCAACGGUUUCAUAACAAAUGUAAACUUCUCUUUGAAGAAAGGCAUGUUUCUGCUUUUCAUCAACCACAGGGCUGUUGAUUCUGCAAACAUAAGAAAGGCUAUCGAUCAAAUUUAUUCCCUCUACCUGCCUAAGGGAAUGGCGCCUUUCGUCUAUCUCUCUAUCGAAUUGAAUCCCAACAAUGUCGAUGUCAAUGUGCAUCCAACAAAGCACGAAGUUCACUUUCUGCACGAAGAUGAAAUAAUCGAAAAGAUUAAGCAGGUUGUAGAGGCUGCACUUCUUGGUGGCAACGCAUCGCGGACAUUCUACACUCAAGCUUUGCUACCCGGGGCACCCGAACCGGCCGAAACGAGUAAACUAAACGAAUCGACAGGUGAUAAGCCAAAGCCAGAUUACAAGUUUGUUCGAACGUCUCACAAUGAUCAGAAGUUGGACAAGUUUUUCGGCAUAAAUCUAUCCCGGAAUGCUAGCAUGAAUGAGAGUACAAACAACGGCGAUGAACUUGGAGGGUCACUGGUAGUACCAAAACAGGAAAAACUGGUCAGAGAAACUAAAUUGACCAGCGUACUGAACCUACGGAAGGCAGUGGAAGAUUUAUGCGACCGAAAUCUUCGCACGAUUAUAAGCGAAUUGACCUUUGUUGGGGUGAUCGAUCGCCAUCGGGUGCUCAUCCAGUACGACACAAAGAUGUUCCUUGUUGCAACUCGAACACUGUUUGAAGAACUGUGCUAUCAAAUGCUGCUCUUCAAUUUCGAGAAUCUGGACGCAAUGACAUUCACGAACCCUUUACCAGUCAGGGAGCUGGCUAUGUUUGCCUUGCAAGAUGCAGAAAGUGGCUGGACUGAAGAUGACGGCCCAAGGGAUGAGCUUGCCGAACGAAUCGAGGAAAUAUUGAUCAGUAAAGCGCCUCUGAUGAAGGAAUAUUUUAGUCUUUACAUCAGCGCUGAUGGCAUGCUGGAGUCGAUACCUAUCGUAGUUCAGGAAUACAUUCCGUCGUUGGCACACCUCCCGAUGUUCGUACUUCGUCUGGCAACUGAAGUGGAAUGGGACGAAGAAAAGGAAUGCUUUGACACAUUUUGCCGAGAAGUGGCCCGUUACUAUGCAAAAAUUGCUUUUACCAAAGCCGAUGCGGAAUACAAGUGGGAAGUGGAGCAUUCAAUUUUUCCUGCUAUUAAGCAAUAUCUUCUGCCACCAAAAUCUUUCGCAAAAAAUGGAUCUCUCUUGAAAGUAGCGAAUCUUCCAGAUCUGUACCGAGUCUUUGAAAGGUGUUAAAAGGCAUCGAAGACUGCGAAAUCAGAUUAGCCGGGGGUAAAUCUUUCCACCUAUAUAAUAUGACUGUUUCAUUAGAGAACUA